GAAGUUUUCUUGUCAAUGAGCUCAUGUGACAUUCACAAAGUAGUCAGGAGCAGAUAGCUUUGUGAGCUGUAAAAAGUAGUUCUUUUUACUUCUAAAGCAUGCAACUAUUCCUCUGUAUUCUUGUGAUUGCCUCUGUUGCGCUAGCAGAGAGAGAAGAGCCGUAUCAAGUUGGUCACUUCGAGCAAGUACUCGACCAUUUCAACUUCGRACAAAGCAAGACUUUCGAGCAACGUUAUUUGUACAGUGUGAAGUACUGGGAUGGCAAAGGUCCAGUUUUCUUCUAUAGUGGUAAUGAAGGUGACAUCACAGCCUUCUGGGCAAAUUCGGGAUUUGUGUUUGAGGCAGCCAUGGAAUUCAAAGCUYUGAUAAUUUUUGGAGAGCAUAGAUAUUAUGGCACAACACUGCCAUUUGGUAACGAUUCAUUCAAGCCUGAGAAUAUYGGAUACCUUGCAAUAGAACAAGCUCUUGCUGACUUUGCAGUGUUGAUAACCUAUCUGAAGAAGGCAUUUAAUGCUACUGAAAGCCCUGUUGUUUCAUUUGGAGGAAGUUAUGGCGGUAUGCUGAGUGCAUAUUUAAGGUUUAAAUACCCAAAUGUUGUUGAUGCAGCUCUUGCAGCCAGUGCACCCAUUUACAUGCUGGCUGACACAAARUCAAGGGAUUUCUUCUUCAAAGCUGUUACAGAUGACUUUACAGGUGCCAAUCCAAAUUGCCCUUUUGCUGUGCGACAAGGUUUUAUUGAACUGGAGGCCCUGAAAGCAUUGGGUGCCAAAGGACUGGCAAAAAUCUCUGAAGCAUUUAAACUUUGCAAACCUUUGACCUCUGUUGAUCAGAUAAACCAUCUGAUUGGCUGGAUUCGUAACUCAUUCACGACAUUAGCCAUGUGUGACUAUCCCUACCCAGCAGAUUUAAUUGCCCCAUUACCCGCCAACCCAGUGAACUACGCAUGCAAAGUGUUGUUAACAACGUCCGACAAGCUUAGCGGUCUGGCUGCCGCAGCAGGUCUUGCUUACAACGGUACUUCAGGAAAGUUGACGUGUUUUGAUCAUAUAUCCUCAGCGUCAAAUAUCAUCUUCUCAAAUGGAAAUCUUGAUCCGUGGAGACCAGGAGGGGUUCUCAAAUCAGUUUCACCGACUUUGGUAGCGAUUUUAGUUGAAGGCGGAGCGCACCAUCUUGACUUAAGGGCUUCUAACCCUGAGGACCCUCCUUCUGUCACUGCAGCGCGAAAGCAAGAACUAGAGCUCAUUCGAAAGUGGAUAUCCUAGCCUCCAUUAUUAAUCGAGUUAGAUAUAAUCAGAUACAAUAUUUUCAUGGAAAAGUAAACUUUCCAAAAUGAGUGUACUUUUUGACAUCAUGUGUAAAGACUGAACUUAUUAAAUGUUAUUAAGAUA